AUGGAAAACGAAAACAUUCUCAAGCAGAAGCAGGAGCUAGAGGUAUCUGAUAUACUCAAGGAAGCUGUUAUGAUAUAUGCCACAAAUCUCAACUUUAUAAUCUUCACCUUUCUUAUUUCUCUUCCUCUCUUUUGUAUAACAGUUUACUUUGAAAUUCAGCUUCAAGAAACCUUAGUCGAAACUUUUUCUAUUUUUUAUAUUCUAGAGAAUAAGGACUGUAAUUACCUUAAGUUGAUUCAACUUGGUUUGAUUUAUAUAUUUCCUCUCCAAAUUCUUGAGUUUGGAACUGCAAUUGUUACUAUAGACUUGGCUUCAAAGCUAAAUUCACAACAAGAGAAGAAGAUGACCCUUAAGGAGAUGUUUGAAAAACCUCUUGGUCUGUCAAAACUAAGAGGCUCAUUUCUAACUUUUAUCUAUGUUGUUUUCUUGACAACUUCUCAUCAACUUGGAUUACUAUGGAUAGUUAUAGUUUACCAUAUUUGCUUGAACCAUUUCAAUUUUGUGGUUUUUCCUGUGAUUUGCAUCUUGUUGUUUGUGAAGUUGUUAAAGAUGUAUUUAGAAUGGAGUUCUAUGUGGAAUAUAAGUAUUGUAAUCUCAAUUUUGGAGGGUAUAUAUGGUAUUGAUGCAUUAGAGAACUCUAUUAAUUUUAGCAGAGGGUGUCACAGGAAAGGGCUCUUUUUGAUGCUGGUUUUCUUUGCAUGGGGACAAUUAUUAAGAUUUUCUUGCUACUAUAUUGGAGGCUAUGAACAAGGAAAUGGAACUUUUAUACAAGCAGGUUUGUUCUGCAUGGCGAUUCCAUUGAAAUGGGUAGUUUUCAUGAUAUAUUUCAAUGAUUAUAAGGAGAGAUACUUGGGAAAGAAAAUGGAUGUGGAAUCCGGCAAAGAUGUUAGAGUUGCUCAGAAAUAA